CACUGGACUCAUUAUCACGAAAAUCGCUUCUAAAAUGUGGAACUCUCUGGAACAAUUCCGUCACGUCAACAAUUCUUUUCAAAAAUGGCGAAGCGAGUGGCGAUCGUCGGCGCCGGAAUCAGUGGCCUUAUCGCCUGCAAAUACGCCGUCGAGAAGGGUUUCCGGCCGAUAGUCUUUGAAGCUGGAAGCAGCGUCGGUGGGGUUUGGACUCGAACGCUACAAACCACGAAGCUCCAAACACCCAAAGAGCUCUUUCAAUUCUCUGAUUUCCCAUGGCCUCCUAAUGUCUUAACCUCAUUCCCUGACCACAAUCAGGUCUUGGGCUACAUAGAAUCCUACGCGAAUCACUUCGAUUUACUUCGCCAUGUGAAGUUCAAUUCCAAAGUCAUCUCCAUAGAUUACGAAGGAGCAUCUGAGGAAGAAAUGCAAGCUUGGGAUCUCUGGGGUUGCACUGGUGAGGCUUUUGGUCAGGGAGGAAGAUGGAUUGUUACAGUCCAAGACACCACCAUUCAAACCACUCAGGUUUAUCAAGUGGAGUUUGUGAUACUCUGUGUUGGGAGGUUCAGUGAUGUACCAAACAUUCCAGAGUUCCCACAAAAUGAAGGGCCAGAGGUGUUUGAUGGUAAGGUCUUACAUGUUAUGGACUACUCAGAUAUGGAAGAUGCAAGCGCCGCUGAAUUGAUCAAAGGAAAACGGGUCACUGUUGUUGGAUUCUCCAAAUCUGCACUGGAUAUUGCAGCUGAGUGUGCAGAUGCAAACGGAGCAGAGCACCCAUGUACGGUUGUCUACAGAACUGAACAUUGGAACGUUCCUCAUUACCUUCCAUGGGGUGUUCCUCUUGCACUCUUAUACCUCAAUCGCUUCUCUGAGCUUAUGAUCCAUAAGCCUGGUGAAGAUCUUCUACUUGGUCUCUUGGUUACACUCCUUUCACCUCUGAGAUGGGUUUUCUCCAAAUUUGUGGAAAGCUACCUGAGAUGGAAGCUACCAUUGAAGAAGUACGGGAUGAUACCCAAACAUAGUUUCUUUCAACAAAUAGCUACUUGCGUAGUCUCAACUUUGCCAGAUAAUUUCUAUGAUAAAGUCACAGAGGGAAGCAUCAUAUUGAAGAAAUCAGAAAGCAUUAGCUUCUGUAAAGAUGGUUUGGUUAUUAAUAAAGACUCAAUGUCUACUCCUCUACAAUCAGAUAUAGUGAUCCUUGCCACUGGAUACAGAGGUGAUCAAAAGAUCAAACACAUUUUCACUUCACCUUCUUUUAGAAAACAAGUAACUGGGUCCUCCACCACAACAGUUCCACUUUACAGGGAAUGCAUCCAUCCACGAAUACCACAAUUGGCAAUAAUCGGAUACUCAGAAAGUAUUUCAAACCUAUAUACUUCAGAGAUGAGAUGCAGGUGGCUUGUGAAUCUCUUCGAUGGUGGAUUCAAGUUACCAAGCAUAAGAGAGAUGGAAAAAGAUGUGAUGAGAUGGGAAAAUUACAUGAAGAGAUACACAGGUAAGUACUUUAGAGGAUCCUGUAUUGGUAUAGUGCAUAUAUGGUACAAUGAUCAGCUAUGCAGGGAUAUGGGAUACAAUCCCAGGAGAAAGAAUGGAUUUCUUGCAGGAUGGUUUGAACCUUACGGUCCUUUGGAUUAUACAGAGCUCUCUCCUUGAUUUAGAUUCAGUCUUACCAGUUGGAUUUUCAUGAUAUAAGUAUUUCCCCCUCCCACUCUUCCUUUUUUUUUUUUUUUUUUUAAGAUUCCAUUUAUAAAACUUUAAUUUGAAAAUUUUGAACUUUUCUCUUUUGUUUGUAAGAGAUAAAAUACAAUGGAAGUGAUUUUCUUAAUGACAUCCCUUAAGGUGUCAAAUAAUUUAUAAUCUCAACUCA